UUGGGCAAGGCUACUACUGGCCUCGGCGGUAAGGGUCUUGGAAAGAGCACCGCUAAGCGACACCGGACGUUGUUAACGGUAUCUGUAAUCNGUUUGGCUCGCCGUGGUGGUGUCAAGCGUAUCUCAGCCACGAUCUACGAAGAGGUUCGCUUUGCCUUGAAAACCAGACUCCACACACUCCUUCAGGACAUUCAUGCUAUUCUGGAAUGUUCCGCACGCAAAACCGUCACUGUUCCAGAUGUUGUCUUCGUCCUCAACAGGCACGGUACUCCUCUCUAUGGAUUUGAUGCACCUUUCCGCACCCGUAUC